UUUUAAUAAACAAUAUUUUAAACAGUUUUUCAAAUAAAAACUAUUAUAUAUUAAAAACAAAUAUAAAUAAUACAAAGAUGUCAAUGAAAGAUUUAUGGGCAUUAGUUGUAACUUCAAGCAAAGACAAAAUUGGAAAAAUUAGAGAGACGGAAACUUUUGUUCCAUUUCAUUGGAUUUCCUCAGAUGAGAAAUGGUUGUUUUGGCCUCCUUUUCGAAAAGAUGAAAAAUAUACAAAGGCAAUUCCCAAUGAAGUUACUUGGAAGAAAUUUGAAAUUUUAAAAUUAAAAAUACGAGGUGAAAAAGAUUUGUGCGAAUAUGUGUUUGGAAACAGUAUUCUGUCGUCAUCAAGCGAAAAAGAGUGUGUAGUGAGUGAAAUAAAGGAUAUUGAUUUUAACAAAGUGGAAUUGCCUAAAAAACCUUCUGAAAAUAUUAUGUCACCAAUAUUUUCUUUGUCAAGUAAAUCUAAUAAAAAACAGGAAGUGUGUUUACAACCAACAUCUUGUAAAGGUUAUUCUUCUGUUUAUUUGUCACCAAUAAGUUUUGAGUCACUAUCACCUAGCCAUAAAUUAAGAUUACGUUCUCAUUCACCUGUCUCCAAAACAAGGUCAUGUUCACUCUCACCCAUCUUAAUGUCUGAAUCAGGCUCACUUUCGCCUAUUUGCAAGUCAAGAUCAAAAUCUCGCUCCCGUUCACCUGUGCAUAGCUCUAGAUCAUACUCUAAAACACAGAAUAGUUCCCAAUCAACAUUUUCAAAGUCAAAAUCUAAAGCAAAGAAACUGGUUCGAUGUAUGAAUAGUAAUUUCCCAAUGGAUGAAGCACGAUUUCAAAAAAAAACAAUAUCUCUUUUAACUUGCAUCGUUGACUUAUUGGAGAAUCGAGUUCACCAAACAAAUAACCUUGGUACAAAAGACAUGGAAAAAGUUGAUAACAUGGAUAAAUUCAAAGAACUAGAGGAGUCUUUAUCAAAAGAAGACUUUUUUUCAUUUAUGGUUGGUCAGUUGAAAAUGGUCGGUGGCAAGACAGUUCGUGAAAAUGUGAGAAAUGUCAUGAAAAGGUUAAUGUCUCACACUGUUAUGUCAUGUUUUAACAUGUUUGGAACAAAUAGACACGGACAAAAAAAACUAUCAUUUAAAGAAACAAAGAUAUGUAGUGUGGUUGUCGCGAGUGUGUUAUCAAAUCAUGAGACAACUGAAGUCGAAAUUUUGGAUUCAGUAAAAAACGUUUUAAAGUAUGCUCCAGAAAAAAAAAGAGAUGUAUAGUUUUUAAUUUAUAGAAAUAAAUCCAAGCAAAUGCAUUAUAUUUUUAUUUGAGAC